AUGCAUCUAUUAAUUGGACUCACUUGGGAACUGGAACUUCGAUUUGACAAGAAUGCAACGUCCGGGAAUCUCAAGCUCGUCGACAAGUUGCAUCGUUCAGAAGAAAUCAGUGUCCUUCUCGUUUUUCAAGGGAUUAAGCAGCAAUUCGACUUUUCAAGCACAAAUACCGCCUUUGAGAUACCCUCUUGUCAGCACGAAGAUAUGCUCUUGGUCAAAUUCUGCUUCCAUAGCUACAAGAACAAAGCAACUCAAAAGCAGCAGACGCCCAAGGAAUAUCAAAGAGAGCAAGCAGAAACCAUUCAAAUUCUGUUGAGCUGCGGGAUGGAUAAGGACAUAACAUCUGACCUCGACUUGUACGCUUUUAACCUUGCUGUAGAAGCCAACCUUCCUGAGACCAUAACGAGCCUGCUGAUCCCAUCGAAUGCAAACCAAGCAUUCGAAAGUGCGUACAAACGUGAAACAGCAAGUGGAAGAGAGUUGUCGGAGUUGUCUCAAUCACUAUCUGAGAUGCCAAGGAUAGAUGUACGAUUGCUCUUUCUCCGGCCCAAUCUCAAUGAGUCUCACCUCAUGAGAAUCUUACCGUCUCUAUUUCGCUUGUGCAAGGACGAUCAAAUAUUCCAACAGGCAAUGAAAGCCGCGCAGAAAGAAGGGAUGUGGGAGGUCAUGAGGAUGAUUGUUCGAAAUUCUUCCGAGUCUCAAGAAUUCGCCGACGUCCCCUUGUGUUGUGCUGUCACAGCCGGCCAGCACGAGCUUGUGAAAUCUCUCUUGGCAAGAAGAGCUGAUCCGGAUGCAAGCACGGGAGAGUUCGGGACUGCUGCGCUGCAUCAUGCUGUAAAGUGCAGAGAUUUGAAAAUGAUUUCGUGCCUGGUAGAUGCCAAAGCAGAUGUCAACGUGACUUCAGAGAGAGGGACGUGUCUGCACCUGCUUGCCGAGAUGACCUGGGACCAGAAAACUUCACAAGUCACGCAGACACUGUUGAGUAACGGGGCUGACGUCACGACCAAAAACAAGAAGAACAAGACCGUUCUGCAGGUCAGCAAGGGAGCGUUCAAGGCCAUGCUUCAAAAGUUCCAAGAGGAGCAGUCUGCGUCUCGCAAGUCGCGAAGCAAGAAGGUGAAAUCAAAAAGCAAGAGCGAGACUCAACAAGACGGGCGGAGGGAGCAGAAGAUCAAUGUUCCAGAUGCCGAAGCUGAUCCAGUAGUGGAGGCGGCUAAACCAUCUCAGAUCCCAGCGAGCAAUACAGCGGAUGAAUCUCCUGAGAAGACACCAGAGACUAUGGUACAACACCGACAAAGAGUGAAGGACUUGCUUGCCGCUCUCAUGCUCAGAUUGCAACACGAAGGUGAUGAAGGGCAGGAAAACGAUCAUGACACAGACGAAGAAGAUGGUUCAGAAAAUUCUGAUGAGGAGGAGAAACAGUCACGACCCCGAGACAAGCGAACAGAAUCGAAUGUGACUGACCGCGCCCCUUCAAACUUUCCUCCAGGCAACCAUGAGGCCGAGCUGAGAUCCGAAGGUGGGGACCCUGCCGAGGAAGACGUCACGGCACCAGUGGCAGCCAGUGAUGACCGGUCUGCCAUCCGAGACCUGGCGAGCUGUAUGUGGGACCUGAGAGUCACGCGAGAGUUCAAGGACCAGCUGUUUGGUCUACAUCGCGAGCCGGUGGUACUUCGAUCGACCAUCCACAAGAUCAAGAGGCUGGCGAACGGCGAGCAAGGCAGGUCGCUGAUGAAGUGCUUGAAGGGAACUCCCAAGCAUCUCAAGAUCUUUGAAAGCCCCUGCGUUUCUUUUGACGACGGGAGGAGAUUCUUGUGGCAGUAUGCGGUGGACUACUCCCCUCGUAUCGGAGCCUUCACCGACACCAUCCGCCUGUGGAAGAUUUGUCUGGAUCACGACGACGUUCCUCGCGGUAUGCGCUUCAUUGUCGAUGCCCACAAGAGCGGCAGACAAAGCUCUGUGGAGAAGAAGCUACUUCCUAUCUUCGUAGACAGCACCUUGCAGAAAGACGGCACCCGCAUCCCCCGAGUCUACAGGCUCUCCGAGGACAGUGACUUGGAUGGCCUGAGGUUGCAGGAAGACAAGAAGUUCUCGUCGUUCGUUGACUCGGAAGAGGAGAUGUAUGACUUGCACGAGGAACUUAUCUUCACUCCCCCAGCUGUCAGCACAGCUGAAAGUCUGAAUGUGCUCAAGUUUUAUGCGCUGAGCGAUGAGUUCCUGAAGAGCUUGAACGACUUUGAGAAGAACAAGAGGAGCGUGAAGGGGGGCGAGCACGUGUUUCCAGAGUUUCCUUUCCUUCCCGAUGACCGUGAAGAUGAAAUCAUCAAUCGCAGGAUUGCGAACAGCACAUGCUCUACCAUCCUUGUAGGACGAUCUGGGACAGGCAAGACUUCCAUCGCCAUCAACAGGAUGUGGAAGAUGUACUCAUGCCUGAGUGUUAACGAGUCCAAGUUGCAAGACUACAACCAAGUGUUCGUCACAGCCAACCGUGUCUUGAGAGAUCAAGUCCGCAAGUCCUUCAAGAACAUGCAGGCAGGAGUUCAACACGUGGACCCAAAGUCCGACUAUCCUCCGUCCCUUUGGAGUGUCAGCUCCGAGGCCUUCCCCUUGUUCCUCACUGAGUCCGAGUGGCUCCAGAUGCUGGAUGCAACGCUAGCGCGACCUUUCUGGCCGAGGAACGAGGAUGGCAGCCUGGUCAACGCGGGAGCCAGCAGCUUCCACGAGGAGGUAGGCAUGCUGGACUCGAUCCCUCUCGACGACGACGAGCUCUGCUUUGACGACGAGCCCAUGGAAGACUUCAUCGAGCUUGGGGAGGACAGCAGGGCAAAGUCCCGAGCAAAGGUCCAGCUGAGGGAGGAGGUGGACUUCAAAGUGUUCGAGUCAAGGAUCUGGCCAUCCCUCACCAAGAGCGGCAAGUGCCGAUGGCUGUCGCCAUCCAGCGUCUUCCAGGAGAUUCACUCGUACAUCAAGGGCUCUGUCAAGGCUCUGAGAAGCUCCCAGGGGUUCCUAUCAAGGGAGGAGUACCUACAUAUGCCCGAGAAGAUGGCUCCAAACUUCAAGGGACUCAAGGCUUCGGAAGCCAUGGAGGACCUUCCGGGGGACCGCAAGGGAAGCAGGGACGUGAUUUACGACCUCUUCCAGCUGUACGAGAAGGAGAAGAAGAGGCUGAACAUGUACGAUAUCGCAGACGUGACUCAUCAUAUCUACCACAACUAUGACGUGGGCGCGCCAGAGAGGCAGAGGGUACAUAGCAUCUACGUUGACGAGGCGCAAGACUUUACCCAGGCCGAGUUGGCCCUAUUCUUCAAGGUCUGUGAGGAUAAGAACGACAUGUUCUUCAGCGGAGACACCUGCCAGACCAUCGCCACGGGGAUCGGGUUCCGGUUCGAAGACCUCAAGUCCUUGUUCAAGCAGGAGGAGGUGGAGGGGAGACAACCCUGCGUCAUCCCCGACGUCUGCACGCUGACAGUAAACUACCGGACUCAUAAUGGGAUCCUUGGAACCGCCUCCUCCGUCGUAAGCCUGUUGGAAACGUUGUUCCCGGCCUUCAUAGACGUGCUUCCUAAGGAGAGGGGUUUCUUUCUGGGGCCCAGACCGAUGCUACUCAAGGAGACGGACAUCGACGACAUUGCGAUCCUCAUCCUCGGCGCUGAUCGCAAACAGUCGCAGAUCGAGUUCGGAGCUCACCAAGUGAUCCUCGUGAGGUCGCAGGACGCGAAAGAUCGUCUUCCUCACUUCUUCGACGGAUGCCUCGCCAUGACCAUCCUCGAGUCCAAGGGGCUGGAGUUUGAUGACGUCAUCCUGUGGAACUUCUUCACCGACAGCCGGGCGAGCCAGGAGUGGCGGGUGAUCUUGACUUGCCUGAUCCACGACGACGAGGAGGAGGAGCAGAGGCUGCAGGAGAAGCGCCAGCAAGCCAAGAAAGACGUCAUGGGGAGGCUGCGCCCCCUGGAGUUCGACGAGACCCUUCACCUGAUCCUCUGCGAGGAGCUAAAACAGCUCUAUACCGCCAUCACCCGCGCAAGGGUUCGGGUGAUCCUCUACGACGAGGACGAGGUACAGCGUGCGCCCAUGUAUCAUUUCUUGGAGAGGAAGGACCUCUGCGAGGUGGUUGACCUCAUGGGCAACGUGCUACACUGCCCCUCGUUCGCCAAGAAGACGACCAAGGAGGAGUGGGAGCAGCAGGGGAUGAACCUGAAGCGAGUCGGCCUCUUCCAGCUGGCCUCCCAGUGCUUCGCUAAGUCAGGAGACCGGGUCUCGGAGAUGGAGAUGCGAGCUGAACACCUGAUCCAGUUCGUGGCGCCCAAGAGCUCUGCCCAGCUGAGAAAGAUGGCGUUCGUGCAGGCUGGUGAGCUCCUGCUGGAGUGCGGGAGGAGGUGGACUCCAAGAGCGGCCAAGUGCUUCUUCGAGGCAGAGGAGUAUGAGCUGGCAGAGGAGACUUUCUCAGCUUGCAUCGAGCUGUUCAAGAGCAAGCGGAUCUACUUCCUCAAGUGCUCUUUGUCAUGCCUGAAGAAGGUGGGCAAGCAGGACAAGUGUAUCAAUCUUAUGGUCAAACAUGGGUUCGUCGCUGUCGCCCUGAAGCAGCUCCUGCAAGAGAAGCAGUACGACAAGGCCUUGCGCAUCCACGAGGCUCAUCCGGAUGCCUCCCUCCCUCCCUCCCUCUCCAAGGAAAGCUUCUUGCGGCGCAAGGCGGACGCACUGGUGUCAACGUCCAAGAACUUCGGGGUGUCGGAGGAGCAGAGGCAGGCAGCGCUCAAGAGCUUCUACGAGACUGCGCAGAAGCUUCCCCCGCACAUGGAGGAAGAGCUUCUGCUGCAGCACGGCUACUUGUCGCAGCUUGCUGAUCGUCUACGUGCCCAUGGCAAGUACAAGGAGAGCGCCAUGAUCGUAGCCAAGGAGAAGAACUUUGAGGAGCUGCCCAAGGCCUUGAAAAUUCUAUCUGAAGCAAGAAGACCAAAGUCAGACCUGCUCCUCCUCAAGGUAGAGCUCUACCUGCUGUCGGCGUACAAGUCGAAUGACCAGAGCGCUGCCAAGGAUUUCAUCUGCUCGUCGUUGAAGACUGCCAGCAAGAUCAUGUCUUCGCCGACAGAAGACUUAGAGCAGGAGGAGUUGAUGAGCUUGGUGGAAUGGAGGUCGUUGUUCUUGAAGAUGGAGCUCUUCAUGCUGGAUAAUCUCACCAAACUCGAGAUCCCUGCAAACUCUUCUUGUGUCUCGAGCAUACCCAGAUCAGUCGUUCUCUCAAGCAAGUUGCAAGUCCUUGCCAAGUUGGAUCCUUCUUCCAAGAUGAAGAACGAAGACAUCUCCUCCAUCAUCUUCUCCGCCUACAACAUCUUCGUCGACCUCCAGCAGCUGAUUGUACACUGCAGUUCGUCACUCAAACCAGACAUGAAGCCGAGCAACGAGCUUUUGGAUCUCGAGAGGUUCUUUGGCAUCCUGAGGAAAGACAGUUCAAUGUACGUGUCCAAGGUGCAGCAAGAAGUCAUCAAGACGCUCUUUGACAUAUCAGACGACAGUGAGAUCGUCUUGUUCUCCGACGACAUCUACUGGUCCAUAUUGAACCCUCUCAACCUCUCAGUACACAUGAAGAAGUUUGUCAACGACAAACUGUGUAGAUUCCUCCUCAGCCUCCUCGAAUUCCUGAAAGUCGUCAAGUCCAAGGACCCCAGCACGAAGCUCAAGUUCGCUACCAUCCACGUCUGGUUUGCUGGCCUUGCUCGCAACCUGUCUUCUUCCGAGCACGGCGCUUCCUUCCUUCAAACUUUCGAGACGGCAGUGAAGGAGUUCGAGGACUCGCUCGCUGGUUGGUUCCACUUCGACCGAGUGAUCACGAGGGUCCCCUCUAUCUCCUCGUUCCUGCCUAACUACAUAGAGGAGAGGCACCUGCAGGAGGUAAAGCUGUCAAUCGAGAGACACCUCCGCAUCUCCGUCAGCAACCUGGCGAGACAAACCAAAGAGUACAAACCUCAGGAGUUGUCUCAACAUGUUCUAGCAAUGGAGGCCAUCGACUGGCUCUGUCGCGGUUGCAACGCCAUCAGAUCGGAGAACUUCCAUCGCAGCUACCCGUUCUUCGACAUGCUCAUCCCAACUCCCGUCAAACGCUUUUGCAUCUUCCCCACCGCUCUGAGUGGGAUCAAGACUUUGACCUCUACAGCAGAAGAUGAAAAACUUCCGCCGCAGAGUUGGAGGAUUUCUUGUGAGAUGAUGCUUGUGUCAAAUCUUGUGCUUUCGCACGUGGAGAACUUGCGUCAGAGACAUGGCAACAGACAGAACAACAAGGUAGAACCCCUGUACACGCCCAUUGCGUCCUCCUUUCAAAAGUCUGUUUCGGCAAUCAGACUGCUGAGAAGCAAUGAGAGCGUUCCCGAAGACAAGGCAACCGAGUUUGUGAAUGAGUCUUUGAAGUUCGCAAAGAGAAUGUUGAGGAGAAUGGAUCAGCACAGCAGCACAGCAUCCAUUCAAACUUAUGCCAGAGCGAUGUUUGAGUGUACAGCAGGCCUUCUCUUGUUCUUUCACAACAAUCCUUAUGGCGGAGAAGAAAAGCAGAUGGUAGAAGUUAUCAACAUUCUACUUGCACUGGUGGAUUAUCAGGCUGAUAUGCCGCAAAGGAAAACUUUGAAACAAGCUCUUCAAGCCGGCGACGUGCAGACUGCUCAAGCAUGUCUAGCAGAGAUGAUAGAAUUCUCUCAGUGGUAUAUCAACUACAGUAAUUGUGCCUGUAUGAGACGAGGGCGGAAGCUGGCGGAGCAGCAAGGGGAGCAGGAGCAAGUGACGAUGGAGGCCGAGAAGACGAUAGAAGAAGAGGACGAGGAGGUCUUUGCGAAGAGUUAUGCCACGUUAGGAGCCUUCCUUCUGAGAAAGCUUCGUGCUAGACCCAUCAACACCAUUACACCACAAGAGAUUCUUGCGCAUAAGAACGCGUUUGAUCCAGCAGAUGAAAACAUGCAGACGACACCAGGCAGCGCACUGGGACUCCAACAGGACUAUCAGUACGUCACCUACAAACACAACCAAGGGAUUGCGUUGUUGCAGCAACUGGAACAGAUCAAUCAGUUCUGCAACCUGCCAUUGGAUUUCAAGGCUCCUCUCCAGCCUUUGAUCAGCAACGUUCGAUAUUUCUUAGAGGUUGUCCUCACAAGAUGGAGGCAGUCAAACAUUGCCGCCACCGUUGAAGCCGCUCAUUCACUUGAAAUUUUCAUCAACCAUGGCCUUCGCUUCAUCCACGACCUCAGCCUUCGCUCUCUCCAGCCCUUGAACCCGAUGGGACCCCCCGUCCCCUCCAGCAGACCAUACUUCUACGCUGCUACUUGUCAGAAUACAGCUGGCAACCAUCAUCACAAUACAGUUUUCCCAUCAGCUCCCUUCGCAGCCAACCAAGCAUACCCUGCUCCCUACAUCCUCCAUCUACCGCAAAUGGCGCAUGCAGAGUCAUACCAAGGACCUCAGCACACGUUCGAUCAAGGUCAGAGAAUGUAUCUCAAUCAGGCGCAAACCGGCAUGACCCGUGGAACGUCUCAAGAUCCUCAGCAGGCUGUUCCCUCUGCUGGACCCCAGCUCUACUAUGCGUGGAACAGCGCAGAGGUCGAACAAGUAGAGGACAACGACAUCUCCCUUGCUCUCGAGGAAACAGAUCUCAAGGUCAGCAGCCCUGCUGUCCCCAAUCAGUCGCGUCAACGUCGCCGACGCCCGUCCAGGGGGAAGAAUAGGGCGCCGAACCAGAACGUUGAAGAUCAACAGAACAAGAAUGUUCGAGACACACAGAGCAAGAGCAGGGUACAGAAGCAAGGUUCUGGCCCGAAGAAGAAGCAGGGUGCAAGGGAGGGAUAG